GCGCCGGGGCCCGGCGAGGAGGAAACCGUCGCCGGAGCCCGAGCGGCAGCGGCCAGACAUGGCUGAGACCUACGAUUUCCUCUUCAAAUUCCUGGUUAUUGGCAGUGCCGGCACGGGAAAAUCUUGUCUCCUGCAUCAAUUUAUCGAGAACAAGUUCAAACAAGACUCCAAUCACACGAUCGGCGUCGAGUUCGGCUCGAAGGUGGUCAACGUCGGCGGCAAGACGGUCAAACUGCAAAUCUGGGAUACAGCCGGACAGGAGCGGUUUAGGUCGGUGACGCGGAGCUAUUACCGGGGAGCAGCUGGGGCCUUGUUGGUGUACGACAUCACCAGCCGGGAGACGUACAAUGCCCUCACCCACUGGCUGACGGAUGCCCGCACCCUCGCCAGCCUCAACAUCGUCGUCAUCCUCUGCGGGAACAAGAAGGAUUUGGAUGCCGACCGGGAGGUCACUUUCCUGGAGGCCUCACGCUUCGCCCAGGAGAACGAGUUGAUGUUCCUGGAGACCAGCGCCCUGACGGGGGAGAACGUGGAGGAGGCGUUCCUCAAGUGCGCCCGCACCAUCCUCAACAAGAUCGACUCGGGAGAGCUGGAUCCGGAGAGGAUGGGUUCGGGGAUCCAGUACGGCGAUGCCUCCCUGCGCCAGCUGCGCCAGCCUCGAGGAGCCCAGGCCGAGACAAGGCAGCAGUGCAACUGCUGAGGACAAAGCGGAGUACAGACUCCAGCAGCCCCGUGGACCAGCCUCUUGGCCCCCCAAAACCGUACUUCCUCCCUCCCCAUCCCGGACACACCCCCUCCACCCCUCCUUCCAAUUCAUUCUCAUGGAGAUGGCACAACGGUUAGGGGCCACUGGGAGGGGGUCUGCCCCAAUCUCAUCCCAGCCCCUUUCCCUCCCCUCCUACCCCCAUACUCUCAAGAUGCUGUGUGCCACGAUCUGGGACUUACCAUCGGGUUUGGGGGCGAGGGGGUGGAAAAGGGCCCUCCUCCCCUCUCCUGGAAGGGCAACUGGUACAAGCCCUUCCCCUGGGCACCGUCCCCCACACCCCCGUCCCCCCCGGCCCACUGCAGCGGGCAUUACCUGUACAGACGGUCUCUUUUCACUGCAGUGAGGAGGGGCUGGCACCCCCAUGCCCCGCCCCCAUCGCCUGCCUCUGGGCAUCUUGCCCUUCUUGCCCUAGCUCUUCAGCACGGGCACCAAUUGCUGCUGCUUUCAGUGUCUUGGCCUUGCCCUACCGUGGCCCGGGCCCAGCGAUCCCUCUGGGCCCGGGGAGGGGCUUGCGCCCACUUGGCACCGGGGUUGGUGCCAGUCAACCAUCCCUCGGGAUCAGGUGUCCUUGCGGUCGAGAGGAUGGGUCUGGGGGCGCCCCACCCUGAGGUUGACCGGUUCUCCCGCUCCUUUGCCCCCUGUGUUUUGUAUAUGUUAUUUAUUAUGUUGCAGGGCGAGCGCUCUGCCCUCCGGGGGCUUGGUGGGAGGGAGGGGGUUUUGAGGGGCGCCAAGCCCCCAUUUGUCCCCCGCCUCCCCCGACCAGCUCUCUGCUGUACGCACAUCCCCUCACACCAUCCCUCUCCCCAUAAAGCAGUUUUGUUUUCCA